ACGUGCGCUACUGCUCGGCUGAACCACCACCGUGCACCGUUUAACGUUACACCCCCCCCACCCUGUUCUGAGAUUUAUACGAUUCAAUAGUAAACGGGAAGUCUGGCACGUUACUAGGAAAAACAUCAAAGCAGGUGUCUUCAAAGUGCCUGCUCAUAGACUCAAGCAUGUCAGGGGGAAUCUCUGCUAGCAUAGCCACCAGCAGGCUACGAGCCGAGGGAAUGGGCUCCAAAGACCACGCCGUACCCUUCCUUAACCAGGACUAUGAGGCUCUGAGGCAGGAGUGUCUGGAGGCGGGGUGUCUGUUCCAGGACCCCUCCUUCCUAGCCGAACCUCCCUCUCUGGGCUUCAAGGAACUGGCCCCCUACUCUGCCAAGACCAGGGACGUGGAAUGGAUGAGACCCACGGAGCUGACAGAUGACCCUCAGUUCAUCCUGGGAGGAGCUACCAGAACAGACAUCUGCCAGGGAGCACUGGGUGAUUGCUGGCUCCUAGCAGCCAUAGCCUCUCUCACCCUCAAUGAGAGGCUGCUCCACCGCGUGGUCCCUCAUGGUCAGUCCUUCCAAGAGGACUACGCCGGGAUCUUCCACUUUCAGUUCUGGCAGUUUGGUGAGUGGGUGGACGUGGUGAUUGAUGACCGGCUGCCAACGAAGAAUGGAGAGCUCAUGUUCGUCCACUCAGCCGAGGGCAAUGAGUUCUGGAGCGCCCUGCUGGAGAAGGCCUACUCCAAGCUAAGUGGUUCCUACGAGGCUCUGUCUGGAGGCAGCACCACAGAAGGUUUUGAGGACUUCACCGGUGGUGUGUCUGAGAUGUACGAGCUCCGGAAGGCUCCACGGGACCUGUACAGGAUCAUCAGCAAAGCCCUGGACAGAGGCUCGUUGCUGGGCUGCUCCAUCGACAUCACCAGUGCCUUUGACAUGGAGUCAGUCACGUUCAAGAAGCUGGUGAAAGGACAUGCUUACUCAGUCACCGGCCUGAAGCAGGUGGACUACCAGGGUCAGGUGGAGAGACUGAUCAGGGUGAGGAACCCCUGGGGACAGGUGGAGUGGACUGGGGCCUGGAGCGACAAUUCUCCUGAGUGGGAUGAGUUGGAUCCAACUGAGAGAGAGGACCUGCAUCUACAGAUGGAGGAUGGAGAGUUCUGGAUGUCGUUCCAGGAGUUCCUGAGGCAGUUUUCCCGUCUGGAGAUCUGCAACCUGACGGCGGACGCUCUGAGUGAGGACGGCCUCAGCCACUGGAACACCAUCAAGUUCCACGGCAUGUGGAGACGGGGGAGUACCGCUGGGGGCUGCCGUAACAACCCCAACACGUUCUGGAUCAACCCCCAGUAUAAGAUCACUCUGCUAGAGGAGGACGACGACCCUGAGGAUGACGAGGUGGCCUGUAGCUUCCUGGUGGCUCUGAUGCAGAAGGAUAGGAGGAGGUAUCGGGGACAGGGACAGGACAUGCACACCAUCGGGUUCGCCAUCUACGAGAUUCCAGAAGAGUACAGGGGCUGUCAGAACGUGCACCUAAAGAGGGACUUCUUCCUGACCCAUUCAUCCUGCGCUCGCUCGGAGACCUUCAUCAACCUGAGAGAGGUCAGCAACCGCCUCCGUCUGCCUCCAGGGGAAUACCUCAUCGUCCCCUCCACCUUCGAGUCUGGCCAGGAGGCCGACUUCGUCCUCCGAGUCUUCACUGAGAAACAGUCCGAGACAGAAGAGCUUGAUGAUAUCAUAUCUGCAGACCUGGAAGAUGAGGACCACAUCAGUGAAGAUGACGUCGACGAAGCUUUCAAAUCCAUGUUUGCUCAGCUUGCAGGAGAGGACAUGGAGAUAUCUGUCCGUGAGCUCAGGACCAUCCUGAACAGGGUGGUGACUAGACACAAAGACCUGAAGACAGACGGUUUCAGUAUGGAGUCCUGUAGGACCAUGGUCAAUCUCAUGGAUAAAGAUGGCAGUGCCCGUCUCGGCCUGAUAGAGUUCCAAACCCUCUGGAAUAAGAUCAGGAAGUGGCUGGUCAUCUAUAGGGAAUAUGACAUGGACAAGUCAGGAUCCAUGAGCUCCUAUGAGAUGCGACUUGCUGUGGAGUCGGCAGGUUUUAAACUGAACAACAGGCUGAAUCAGGUCCUGGUGGCUCGCUAUGCUGAGAACGAGGCCAUAGACUUUGACAACUUCAUCUGCUGUCUGGUCAGACUGGAAGCCAUGUUUAGAUCUUUCCAGCAACUAGACAAAGAGGGAGAAGGUGUGGCUGAAAUGAACAUCACUGAGUGGCUUUAUAUGACGAUGUGUGGUUGAAGAGGACCAGUCUUAUCCCAGGAGACAGAACAGCCAAGUGCCCGGCAGAGUGUCUCUUCCCUGGGACCAUGAAGAGCUCCUAGCCUUACUGUCCUCUGCCUGAUCCUGGACUAUAGGGCUGACCUGUACUGUGCUGAGUCAGAUGUUUCAUUUCCCCAAGGUCCUUUGCAGCACGGUUCCAGCUACUAUGGUGACAGCAUAACCAGUUCGGUUCAGUUCGGCCCUAUAGCGUGAAUCAGUUAC